UCCACUCCAAUGAACCGAUUUCAACCAAUAUUAUAGUAAUGCAUGUUAUAAAAUGUUAUAAUACCGUGGUGCAAUCACAACGAGUGUAGGAUUAUUUAAGAGCUCGCGUCGCGUUCUAGCUCGCCGCGUCGCGUCGCGUUCCUCCUGCGCAAAUCUUGGGUUGCCGGUUGCCAUGGUUUCCCGCAUCACAUGCGCGGCUUUCCUGUAGCCAGCAGCGCAGGGGGGGGAGAAAAAAAAAGAUGCCAGCUCUCGAAUUCCCUGCCAUUUUUACGCCCGCGUAUUAGAGGACGCGCUCGGACACGAGAGGAAACAGACGCAGAUGGUGGAAUAGCGAGAAAUCCGUCGCGUUCCCUCUGACGCGUUUGCGGAUCAUUCUUCUCAGCUGACGCGGCGAAACGGGACCGACCGCUGGAACGUUACGCGCAAGAUCGGGCCGAAUUCACCGCGCACAUUUCACCGUCAGGAAAUGAGUAUAGAAAUCCCCGAGGGCUUAACGGAGCUUCUGCAGAGCUUUACCGUGGAGGUCCUGAGGAACCAGCCGGGCGAUCUGCUGGAGUUCGCGCUGCAGUACUUCACGCGUCUCAAGGAGAACGAGAGCCGCGGCGGCGCGUUCGGCAAUGAGCACGGUCCGGCCGCGCGAGCGGGGAAAGCCGUCAACUUCAUCGAGGAGGCCAUGCAGAUCGACUCCGAAAACGGAGAGGACGAGGACGACGAUGAAGAAUUCGUAGCUCCGGUUAUCAACAGAUUUGUCCGGAGAGCUUCUGUUUGUGCGGAGGCGUAUAACCCUGAUGAGGAUGAAGAGGAGAGAGAACCCAGGGUCACUUACCCCAAAACAGACGAGCAGAGACAGAGACUACAGGAAGCCUGCAAAGACAUCCUACUGUUCAAAAACCUGGACCAGGAGCAGAUGUCUCAAGUCUUGGAUGCCAUGUUUGAGAAGGUAGUGGUGCCCGGGGAGCACAUAAUCGACCAAGACGACGACGGAGACAACUUCUACGUCAUCGAGAGAGGGACGUUCGACAUCAUGCUGAAAGCGGAGGGCACCACGCGGACCGUGGGCUCUUACGACAACCGUGGGAGUUUUGGAGAGCUGGCCCUCAUGUACAACACGCCGAGGGCCGCCACCAUCGUCGCUACCUCACCUGGAGCCCUGUGGUGCCUCGACCGGUUGACAUUCAGAAGGAUCAUCGUAAAGAACAACGCGAAGAAAAGACGAAUGUACGAGGCUUUCAUCGGGACUCUUCCACUGCUCACGUCGCUGGAGGUUUCAGAGAGAAUGAAGGUCGUCGAUGUCUUGUCGACCAAAGUGUACAACAGCGGAGAACAGAUCAUUGCUCAGGGUGAUUUGGCAGAUUGUUUCUACAUCGUAGAGUCAGGACACGUUAGGAUCACGAUGAAGAGGAGCAAAUCGAAAAACGACACGGAAGACGAAGAGGUGGAAAUCGCCACAUGCUCCCGAGGCCAGUAUUUCGGAGAGUUGGCGCUCGUCACCAACAAACCACGGGCAGCUUCUGCGUAUGCCAUGGACAACGUCAAAUGCUUAGUAAUGGACGUGCAGGCGUUUGAGAGGUUAUUAGGCCCCUGCAUGGACAUCAUGAAACGAAACAUAGCCAAUUACGAGGAGCAGCUGAUCACGCUCUUCGGGAGUCACAUCGCAAUAGAGGAGCCGAAUGCAUGAAAUCAGUUAAUCAAUAAACACCGCAAACCUAAAAUGCAACGUGAAACGAUGAGAAAAUGGUAAGUAGAGAGGCCUGUCAUCAUGGUGGAGAAAUCGUGUUAAACUUAGGUCAUAAGCUUGAAGUCAUUGUUUUGCGUUCACAGAUGUGCGUCAAUGAUCAUGACUUUUUUUUUGGUUUUUUGACGUGAUUGGAGCGCUUUCCUCCAGGGUACUCGAGGUUUAUGGGAGACUCCUCGGGGGAGGUUAUUCGGUUUGGGGAUUUGGUACUGGUGCGUUUAUCGAAUUUUUCUCGUUUUUUUUUGCGUUCCUUUCACAUGCUGCAUCUUUUUACGCCGAGACUGCAUUGUUAUGCCAUGCACAGCACAGUAAUAUGUUCAUUUAUUCUCUUAAAAGGUACACUUCUGAAUUUUAAAAUCUGCUGCUGAGCAUUCGUCGGUGUUUUCAGUGUCAUUUUAUUUUUUACUGAGAGCCGCCGUUUUUUGACUAAGCGCGCAUUCUGCAUUUGAGCUUCAUCGAUUGCAUCUUGUUAAAAAAAAUGUGAAUAAGUAUUUAUAACGACUACAUGGCAGAGUUUAAAGUCAACAUGAAAACUAAACCGAACAUAUUUACUUAUAGCACAUUGAUAAUUAAUACGUUUGUAUUAAAAAUUGCAUUGUGACCCAUUUUUUUUAACCAUCCAAUCAAUUCUGAUGAAUAACAUCAGGUCCUACCUAUUUUUCUUGUUGAAUAUCCUGUUUAACUCACGAUUACUUCAGAUCACAGAAGUAAAAUGAGUUGCAGACUGUUUCAUGUUGACUUUUGUACUCAAAUUUUCACGAGUUAGCAAACUUUCAAAUCGCUCGAGAAUACAAUACGAGAAAAGGAGACAGAGGUGCGUAGAAAAAGACUUGAUUACGCAGAAAAAUGAAAAUGCAGUCUGAAUAUUAUUGCACUUUGAUGCCGGUGUGAUGAAAAUACCUAAUUUAAUGAGCCAAAAAUGAAAAUGUGCUCACCCUCAGGCCAUUCAAGGUGUAGAUGAGUUUGUUUCUUCUCGUAUUUCUCAGAAAUGUUGCAUUACAUCACCCGCUCAUGAGGUGAAUGGGUGCCGUCAGAAUGAGAGCUAAAGGAAAAUAAUCAUCUCAUCUGAAUUGGGUGGAUUACUGCGAUGUUUUUAAUCAGCCGUUUGGACGGCACCCAUUCGCGAGCAAGUGAUGCAGUUUCUCCAAAUCUGAGAAGAAACAUAAACUCAUUUAGAUCUCGGGUUGGCCGGAGGGGGCGUAGAUUUUCAUUUCUGGGUGAACUUGAGGUUGCACGUGUUUUCGGUUCUUGUUUUUGCACAAUCUUUUAGAAAAACUCCUCACCGUCACAUACAAACGUAGGCAUCGUGUAUCUUCAGUUUUAAAAUGGUGUAGCACAUUUCUUUUUAUGAAUUGUUCACAUUUUUUUGAAUAUCUAAAGCAUUUCACGAUGUAUUCAACAUGCACAAAUUGUAAAUUCACGUUGGUUUUCUAGAUGCUGAAAACGUUACCAAUGACAUUUGCUCUCUCUGAAGAAGCCUGAAUGAUUCCUCUCUUUUCCUGUGUAUAUUUUUGAGUUACGUUUACGUUGGUAGCUUUUGGCAUUUUGAUAAUGUUCUUCAAAACGCUCGCUUUAUUCUUCAUUUCUGCAGUAUUUGGACACUGUUUUUCUCUUAUCUCUUGAUGUAUGAGAAGUCCGUCCUUGUUGAUUGGAUCUUUUGCUUCACAGCGAGUCAUAUGCAUUACUAGUAGUAUCCAUUUCUUCCUAAAACAUUAUUGAAUUCAUUACUGUCUACCUCUAAUAUGAACAGCUUAGCCUUCAUCGCCUCUUCCCGUGUAGAUCCCCGCAGGUUCGUCUGUUGGUAAACUAACCUGUAGUGAAUCCCUAAACCAUAUCUGUGUGUCAAUGUAACUUUACACCAUUUCCACCCUCUUUACCGGGGGAAAAAAAGACUUUUAAUUGCCAAUCAGUGCUCAUUCUGUACCAUUUCUGUGUGAAUUUCUGCCGCAUUGAGAAGUCGCUAAUGCUUUUUAUGUCCUGAAAAUGGAUCAAAGGUCUACAGUCUCUUGGUGCAAGAGAGCCCAGUACUAUACCGUCAGUUAUAUUUGACUUUCCAUUCAAAUAAAGAACAAUUUUGUAUUUAAAAA